AUGCUGAAAGUGCAGGAUCAUUACCAAACUGAAAAAUCUGAAAAAUCUGAAAAUCAUUCGUUAAGAACACCUAGGUGUUCUGCAGAACAUUCCAUGAAACAUCUUGGUCAAAACAUGCCUCAUCUUAUGACUCCCAAAGCUCCACAACCGGUCUUAUGA